AUGCGCUUCUCACUCUUCACCGUCGCCACCGCUCUCCUCCUCAGCCUCGCACAGGCAACUCCAGUUCCACAAGAAGAGACCGAAACCCGUUUGGGCUCUCACAACUGUUUCGCCUGCAGUAGCAACGGUACUCCGAAUACACAGAUCGAAUCGAAGCCUCCUACCGGUGGAAUCAAUCCUGAUGCUUGGUGUACUUCGACUUGUUUGCUUUGCAACGCUGGAUCGGAUAAUGAUGAUGCUUGUGCUCAGUUGAAGAAGUACUGCCAAAACUAUUAA